AUGAUAGAAAAUGAAACGAUUUCUUUUCCAACGACCUGUGAUGGUUUCAUUGAAGUCAAUCUUGCUCAAUAUAUACUAAAUCGUUCGACAGAAACGGAUGAGACAAAUUGUGAUCAUUGGCCAUGUAGUAAUAUGUACACUCGAUGUGAUGGAUUUUGGAAUUGCAUGGAUGGUAGUGAUGAGCUGAACUGUUCAAAUUGGUCUAGUACAUGUGCAGCAAACGAGUUCAAAUGUGUGUCGGCUGAAACAUUCGAAUUGAUUUGUUUGUCUGCCAUUCAUGCUGGUGAUGGACACGUCGAUUGUCUUGGUGGAUCUGAUGAACGUGUCUAUUGCCGCAGACAAAGACCUGCCGCUACUGAUGAAAGAUAUCGUUGCUGGAACAGUACUGAAUGCAUUACUGUGUAUAGAAUGUGUACAAAUUUGGAACAGUGUCCAUUCGAAGAUGAUAAAAAGUUUUUCGAAUAG